GCUGUGGGGCUCGGCUUGUUUACGUUUGUUUACAUUCAUCGGCGGCCGGGAGCGCAAGCAGUUCGCAGCGUGCUAACGAUGAUUCGAACGUGGAAGGUGAUGCGAUUUUGUGCACAAACUAGUGUCCGUGUACCGUUUUAUCGACAGUUUGGUGUGGUGAGUUGUGUGCAGCAGAAACUUGCUUCCUCCCUUUGCGCACCGCGUGGCACGCGCGUGAGUGAAAUAGUGCCGGAAGCAUCGUCCGCUACGCCCGGCGACCCGGCGGGAAAGAAACAAUCCGCCGUACCGAGUGAACACACCGACGACGGCUGGGGUGCUGAAGAUGAGCUGCUAAACAAUCAAAGUAUUCCCAACCUAAAGGUUUCGGAGCUGCUGAAAGAUGUGCCACGGUCCAAGCUGCGGCCGGACCGUAAAUCGGCAGACGCGUCGCGGGAAGCAGCGAAACCGCCAGCCCCGCCCGUGCACAGGAAAACUGCAAUCGAGAAAGACACACUCCAGAUACUGCAGCACCGCUACCAGGAUCCGAACGAGUCGGAGGAGCGGUACGACAAGGAGUUGAAACUGCGCUACACAAUACUACAGUCGAACGAUGCUCGGUACCGGGAUUUGAUGAUGCUGAUUGGAUCGCGCAACCGCGAGCGCGAGCGGAUGCUGGUGCUGGAGGGCCGGCGGUUGAUAAUGGAUGGCUACCAGGCCGGUUUACGGCUGGAAGCGAUUGUGACGAGUGAUGUGAAGCUGCUGGCGGAUCUAACUUUCAGGGCAAAGCUGAAAGCCUGCCCCAUUUUUCUCGUUAAACGGCAAACCAUGAUGGAGUGGUCAUCGUUAACAACGAGCCCGGGCUUGAUAGGGAUCUUCGGCGAACCGUCUAAUAUGAGCGAGCUAGUUACCCGGAACGCGACCGGCAGCAAACGGCUUCCGGUGACGGUGGUUUGCGACAACAUCCGCGAGCCGAACAAUUUGGGCAGCAUUGUGCGGAGCUGCGCCGCGGUAUCCGUACGGGAAGUAAUUCUGCUGAAAGGUUGCGCCCAUCCGUGGGAUCUGAAGUGCCUGCGGGGCGGGGCCGGCGCACACUUCCGCGUGCCGAUUUACGGUCCGAUCGAAACGUACCAGCUGCCCGAGCACGUGCGUGCCGGUUCAAUCUUUGUGGUGGCGGACAACAAGAAGCCGACCGACGAGCGCAACGGAUUCCGCUGGAAGCACUACGAUCGGAUCGAUUACGGCAGUGCCGAUCAUGUGGUGCUGGUAAUCGGUGGUGAAACGUAUGGCGUUAGUGAUGACAUUCGAAGCUUGAUUUAUCAGCUCACACAGAACGACGGGGAGCAAGCGCCGCAAGAUCGCAAGUUUGUGGCACAUAUUCCGCUAGCGAAUGGCGUCGAAAGUCUCAACACAGCAUCCGCAUUGAGCGUUAUUCUUUACGAAAUGAGACGAACCUUACUGCAGUUAGAAGAUACGACUUAGGAGCUAUGGCGACAAACACACAUACACAUCGAAUGCUCGAGCAUGUAAGGAAUUUAGUAGUAAAAUAUUAAGUAAUUAAUACAGUAAA